AUUUAUUCAUAGGGGCCAAUUGUUUGGAGCCCACUGAUUGGAUGGAUGUGUAGUUGAAUUUUGUAGGUUAACAUAAGUUGUUUAUAGAAAAAAACUAUAAUUAACAUUAUAUAUUUCAUAUAUUUCUAAUAAAAAAUAGUUAAUUAUAAAUUAGCAAUCAUGUUACAAAGUGCGCUUGAUGAUUUGAAACGUAUGAAUAAACGUCAAUUUCUAUAUCAAGUAUUAAGUUUUGGAAUGAUAGUUUCCUCAGCUUUAAUGAUAUGGAAAGGUUUAAUGGUGGUAACUGGUAGCGAAAGUCCGAUUGUAGUUGUUUUAAGUGGUAGUAUGGAACCAGCAUUUCAUCGGGGAGAUCUUUUAUUUCUAACAAAUUACGAAGACGAACCUGUUCGUGUAGGUGAAAUUGUAGUUUUCAAAAUUGAAGGUCGUGAAAUUCCAAUAGUUCAUAGAGUCCUUAAACUACACGAAAAAAAUGAUCAAAAUAAAACAGUGAAAUUUUUAACGAAGGGUGAUAAUAAUUCAGUUGAUGACAGAGGUCUUUACGCACCUGGUCAAUAUUGGCUAAGUAAUAAGGAUGUUGUUGGAAGAGCACGAGGAUUUCUUCCCUAUGUUGGAAUGGUCACAAUUUUCAUGAACGAAUAUCCAAAAUUAAAAUAUGCUAUAUUAGCAUUUCUUGGUCUUUACGUUUUAAUACAUAGAGAAUAAAAAAAGAAAGAAACAGAAAUUUAUAAAAUUAAUUUUUUAAUUAGUGAAUAAAAAGCUCGCCCAAUCACAUACAUAAAUAUAUAUAUAUAUGUA